CCGCCUUUAAUUCGUAAUUCUGGUGUUUUCCUGGUGCUGUCGUUAUGGAUAGUGUUGAGCUAGCCGACCACCAUAAACAAAUAAUGGACUGAGCUUCAUAAAGCUUGAAAAGUGGAUGGACAUAGUGUGUCUCCUGAACUUGCCAUCAAGAGGAUGUUCCCCUGCCUGGCUUAUAGACCAUGGCAAGUCCUCUGCCGGGCCUACCUGCAACAACGAGUCCCUCUGUCUCAAAUACCCUUCAAAAUAGCAAAGCCACGUUUCGGAUGGAAAAGUGGAGGAGGUUUGCACAAGCUCUGGUUUAGCUUCCCUGACUCCAGAGUGACGUCUUUAACGUGGACAGGUGUCCAAUACUGUUCCACAUCAGGCAGUGGUAAAGAUGGAUCUCCAGCAGGCCCUGAGGAGCCAAAGCCCACUGAUAAAGCACAAGCUGCACAGAGCUCUGCAAAAGCAGCUGGAUCCAAACUUCAAGGUCUGACAAAAGCAGAAAGCAUUCAAGUGAAAGUACGGGCUGUCCUUAAAAAGAGAGAAUAUGGCACCAAGUAUAUGCAGAACAAUUUCAUCACUGCAGUCAGAGCUAUGAACGAAUUCUGCCUCAAACCCAGUGACCUUGAGCAGCUUAGAAAGAUCCGUCGGCGUAGUCCCCAUGAUGAUACCGAGGCCUUCACUGUAUUCCUGCGAUCAGAUGUAGAGGCAAAAGCGCUGGAUGUAUGGGGAAGUCAAGAGGCACUUGCUCGAGAGAGGAAUCUCAGGAAACAUGUGGAAAGGGAGUAUGAAGAAAACAUUUUUAGAAGUCAGCAGCUGUUGAAGGAGUAUAAAGAUUUCUGGGGAAACACAAAGCCUCGAUCAGUGCAGAGGACAACAUUUCUACAAGGGCCGGGAAAAGUGGUGAUGGUAGCUAUAUGCAUAAAUGGGUUGAAUUUCUUCUUCAAGCUGUUGGCGUGGGUUUACACCGGAUCUGCCAGUAUGUUUUCAGAAGCCAUUCACUCGCUGGCUGAUACCUGUAACCAGGCUCUUCUCGCAUUAGGCAUCAGUCAAUCUAUCCGAAACCCAGAUGCAGUCCACCCGUACGGCUUCUCCAACAUGCGUUACAUUGCCUCUCUCAUCAGUGGAGUGGGAAUCUUUAUGAUGGGGGCUGGCCUGUCCUGGUAUCACGGCAUUAUGGGACUCCUGCACCCUCAGCCAAUAGAAUCUCUGCUCUGGGCAUACUGUAUCUUAGCAGGAUCUUUGGUCUCUGAAGGAGCUACUCUGUUAGUGGCCAUUAACGAGAUCAAGAAGGGUGCAAAUAAACAUGACUUGUCCUUUUAUGAGUACGUGAUGCAAAGCCGAGACCCAAGCACUAAUGUUGUCCUGCUGGAGGAUGCUGCUGCUGUGCUGGGGGUGGUGCUGGCAGCUGGAUGCAUGGGAAUGACCUCUCUGACAGGCAACCCGUACUAUGAUAGUCUCGGUUCUCUGGGUGUAGGCACCCUAUUAGGAGUAGUGUCUGCAUUUCUAAUCUACACUAACACAGAGGCUCUGCUGGGCCGCUCCAUCCAGGCUGAGCAUGUGCAGAAGCUCACAGAAUUCCUGGAAAGUGACCCUGCAGUCAGGGCAAUUCAUGAUGUGAAAGCUACAGAUAUGGGACUUAGUAAAGUGCGCUUCAAGGCGGAGGUGGACUUUGAUGGGCGGGUGGUUACACGCUCAUACUUGGAGAAGCAAGACAUUGAACAGAUCCUCAAUGACAUUCAGCAAGUUAAGACACUAGAGGAGCUGGAGAACUUUAUGCUGAAGCAUGGGGAGAAUAUUAUUGAUACUUUAGGAGCUGAGGUGGACCGUCUUGAGAAAGAGCUCAAGCAACGCAAUCCUGAGGUGCGGCAUGUGGAUCUGGAGAUUUUAUAAUGUUAUAACACAUGAAAGAAUGGUGGGGAUCAAAAAGAAGUUAUCAAACCUCAAGCAACCCCAUUCGCUCCAACCAGCCAAUGAAGUCUUUCUUUACUGUCCCACAUCCCCCAAACACUAGCCUGUACGUGGUUUCAGAAAUUGUGGUAUACUAGCAAACCCACAGCCAAUAAUGACUGUAAAAAAUAGUGCACUUGAAAGGUAACUUUCUGAAGCGUCCAUUCUACUAUUUCAAAGCUUAGAUUUAAAUUAUAUUUUUAAAAAGUUGCUUAUUUGUUGUUCAGAUGCACACCAAUGGCAUAUGCAAGUGAUGUCAUCAUUGAAUGAAGUUAAAGGAGCUGUAAGCGAUUUCAGCCAUUCUACUUCCAGAGACUGAGCUGUUGGAUUAGCCACAAUCCCCUCAUUCCAAAAAACAGAACUCCAAUGAUAGCAGUUGUUACUGUUUAACAGUUGUUAAAAACAACAGUAGUGAAAUACAACAGUAGUGAAAUGGUGCCCUCAACUGACAACUGUUAUGAACAAUAUGGCAUAAAAAUGCAUUAUGCCUCAAUAAUUUGCUGCAACUACAAUACUUUGAGAGCGCACAAAAUGAUUGACAAGCAUAAAGCGUCAGAUGCUGCGGACA